GAGGCAGAAAGAGAAGACAGGCUUCACUACUUUUGCAGAAACGGGUAUGACUCACGCCGCUACGCCAUAAGAAGUACCGCACUGGUGAAAUACACAUCUAUUAUUCCAACGCGAUUAUUGAGAAAGCCUGCAGAAUUGGAUUAUAUGGCUUGGUGGGCGACGGUGUCCACGACCUUCAACCGGACGCCACCAACGCCAACGGACAACUGUACACCAUCCACGGAGUCAUGGCAAACUCCGUGGACGUGCCACUCCUGUUCGCCAUCACGACCAGGAAAAACGAGCGAGUGUACGAGCGAAUUUUUGGGAAGCUCAAAGAAGCGAUUGAGGCAGCGGGCGGAAGGAAUAACAUAAGGAUCUUGCUCGAUUAUGAAAAGGCCGCUAUCAACGCGGCGAAGAGGGAUAUGUGGUGCAAAUGGGAUGUCUCGAUCCUGCGGACCACAAACGCGGCGGAGUCGUUCAACAGGCUUCUGGGAGUACUCUUGCAGGUAAAGUAUCCUCGCAUGAGUGACCUCCUACGAGCCUUGCAGGGAACCGUGACCACAGCGCGAGGAACCCUGCUCAACAUUGAAAGGAGAAGAAUGGAUCCGAGGCCGUUGCGACGGAGGGACAGGAUUCGAAGACGUCGCGUCGAAAGGGAAAUGGCCAGGUUCAAGGAGCUUCUAAGUCGCACAAGAGGAUUCCCUUCAACAAGGACAAUUACGACGUACUGCAGGCGCAUGGCGCGCUUUGUUACUGAGAAGGUAGUUUGA